UCCAAACGGAGCGGCGGGGGAACAGAGGGAGGUGGGGAGACUAGUAUCUUUCAGGCGCGACCUGCGUGAGACACGAGACCGGCGCGAGCAGCAGUUAUGACACAGUCUGUAGUAGUCCAGGUGGGUCAAUGCGGAAACCAAAUAGGCUGCCGUUUUUGGGAUCUGGCGUUACGUGAACACGCGACUGUUAAUAAGAAAGGACUUUAUGAUGAAGCAUUAAGCAGUUUCUUUAGAAAUGUGAACACUAGAACAGAUGGUGACAGUGCUGACAUUUCCAGAGGAAAAAUCUGUUCCUUAAAAGCACGUGCUCUACUGAUUGACAUGGAAGAGGGUGUAGUGAAUGAAAUUCUUCAGGGGCCAUUAAGAGAGGUGUUUGAUAGCAAACAGCUGAUCACAGAUGUUUCUGGCUCAGGGAACAAUUGGGCUGUGGGUCACAAUGUAUAUGGAUGUCAGUACCGAGAGCAUAUUGUUGAAAAAUUGAGGAAAACUGCAGAGCACUGUGACUGUCUGCAAUGCUUCUUUGUUAUUCAUUCAAUGGGAGGGGGAACAGGAUCUGGUCUUGGUACAUUUUUACUAACAGUACUCGAAGAUGAAUUUCCAGAAGUAUAUAGAUUUGUGACUUCAGUUUAUCCAUCACGUGAGGAUGAUGUCAUCACAUCUCCAUAUAACAGUGUAUUGGCUAUGAAGGAACUCAGUGAACAUGCUGACUGUGUAUUACCAAUUGAAAAUGAAUCUUUAUUUGACAUAGUUAGUAAAAUUAACCAGAUGACCAACUCUGGAAAGCUAGGAUCGACUGUAAAACAAAGCAGCUUGGUGACUUCGAGUACAGGUGGAAUAAAACAUCUUCAAGAAAAACCUUUUGAUGCUAUGAACAACAUUGUGGCUAAUUUACUAUUGAACUUGACCAGCUCUGCUAGAUUUGAAGGAUCUCUUAAUAUGGAUCUUAAUGAAAUCAGCAUGAACUUGGUUCCCUUUCCUCGACUUCAUUAUCUAGUUUCCAGUUUAACUCCUCUUUAUACUCUGGCUGAUGUUAAUGUGCCUUCUCGAAGGUUGGAUCAAAUGUUUUCUGAUGCUUUUAGCAAAGAACACCAGCUGUUACGAGCUGAUCCAAGACAUAAUUUGUACCUUGCUUGUGCCCUCUUAGUCAGAGGAAACGUACAAGUUUCAGAUCUUCGUAGAAAUAUUGAACGGUUGAAGCCUUCACUUCAGUUUGUAUCCUGGAAUCAAGAAGGAUGGAAAACUGGUUUAUGUUCAGUACCUCCAGUUGGCCAUUCCCAUUCUUUGUUGGCACUGGCAAAUAACACCUGCAUUAAACCAACUUUCAUUGAACUCAAAGAGAGAUUCAUGAAGUUGUACAAGAAAAAGGCUCACCUUCAUCAUUACCUACAUGUUGAUGGGAUGGAUCAGAACUGUUUCUCUGAAGCACUUUCAUCGCUGUCAAAUUUAAUAGAGGACUAUAAUCAGCUUGAAGCUGCUAACAGUGGCCCUACAGUAGAUCCACCAAGAUUGAAGAUCGUGAUGUAGCAAUGCAGGGAUAGAGCAGGAAAAAAAAUCAAUAUUUGCAAAAACUGCACAUGCAGUCUAACCCAUGGUGAGUACUGAAUUCAGUUGGGAAGAUGUAAGACCAGUUCUGGCUGAUAAAUUCUUAACAAUGAUCUUUUGUGACAAUCAGAAGUACUGUUACUCUUGAAAGACAGUGGAAACAUUCAAUCUGCCCAACAGUUUCGUAAAAUAUUUUUAUAUCUUGCACAGAGGCUGUACGGAGAUUGGAUAAUGCAAAUCUCAAUUUUCAUAUUGUGAAAUGCACUUUUAUCUUAAGCACUGUUUAUUUUUGUAUGUAUAUUUUUUGAAAUGAGCACAUUUUGAAUAUAAAUAUUUCUCAUUAUAUUUUUAUUAAUACUUUAAUAAAUGUAAAAAAAAUCCCUUGUGUUGAACUUGGAAUGUGUUGACCUCUGUGGUUCGUUGCAGACAGAAAUCCCAAUGUGAAGUAAAAACUGUCUAGUCUAAAACCCA